AUGGCAAGUUUAGUCAAUUACGGAAGUAGUGACGAAGACGACAGUAUACAGGAUGAAAGUCCUCUUGUAGACACAAUGUCCGGAGCGGUCAGUAAUCCAGAUGCCAUUCGAGAUACAAUGUCUAACAUAAGGAUAGAUAAUCAACCAAAUGCGAACCAUUCGAAUGGUGUCCACAGUUCUUCGCAUCGACAUCCGCCUUUACCUGAGCCCGAUGCGCCGCUCCUAGGACCGACAAUAGCACAAGCAGAUGUUGGAGAGCUUCUUGAAGACGAUACAACAAUGGCUCCACAAUCCCCAUACUCGUCAAAUCGGGCUCUUUUACGAGACCUGACCUUGCCAACAAUUCCUAAUUACAAUAUCCCAUCAUCACCACCCGGAUCACCUCAAGAAAGCACGAACGCAAAAUUCAAACAUUUUCUCCAACUAAAGAAGCAGGGGGUUCACUUCAACGAGAAAUUGGCAAAGUCAUCGGCUCUGAAGAAUCCAAGUCUUAUGCAGAAGCUCAUGGACUUCUCUAGUAUUGACGAGGCUGGCCAAUACGAAAGCACACUUUCUAAAGAGCUUUGGAACCCCAAUAGCUUCCCUACAUAUGCAUACAAAGAGGAACUUGCGAAGAGCCAACAGAAAAUCCUGAAGAGAUCCGAGGAAGAAAAGCAGAGAGGCCAAAGGGAGGCUGUUGACUUUGUACCUGCAAGUACAACGGGAGAGUCCGUAAGUCGGGGAGGGACUCCUGGGCAGUCAAGUAGGUCUGGUCAGAAGAGUGCAGCCGAAAGAGUCAUGGCAGGCCUCGACAGAAGCUCGUUGCAGGGGCAAGGCACAAAACGAAAGACAAGAUUUGAUUGAUUAAGGGUUAUGUUGUGCAACAAGUGCUCAGAGUGGUA